GACCAAUUCCAUUUCAUUACGAUACAAGCUCCUACCGAUCGCACAAGAAAUCAUCUGGCCCGCUCACAUGCUAUAGCGCGCGGGCUCCAGAACAAACGAAAGCUUCGACAAAAGGCAGGUCUCAAUUUUAACACAUUUUCUCCCAAAAAUGGCCAUAGGCAACCAAUAAGUACAAAGGAUCAGGACAAGCCGUGUACAAGAAAAACUGGACCUUCUCUUGCCUGUGCGGCCGAUCUGCUGCAAAUGCUUGCUGCGGAAUCACCGAAACAACAGCCAUUAUUAAAUCAACAAUUCGAUCGGCAAGCUAUUCGGCCAAUGUUUAGUGUCUCGGACGAGCUUGUACUCCGAAACUUCCACUCCGUUCUUCAGAAUGGGUCGAAUGACAACGCACUGCUGAGUGCGGUUUUGCUCACAUUUUCAUUUUCAUUCGGUGCAGACAAUCUGAAUACGGAAUGCCUUGGUUAUCAGAGUCAAUCAAUGAGCUAUAUACGUGACAGAAUGAGUUAUCCAGAGAAGGCCACCACUGAAUCUACCUUAGGAGCCAUUCUACUACUUGCCCGAAUAGAGGCUCUCUUGGGGAUACCGAAUCAUGUUCAGCUUCACAUGAGCGCAAUAAAGGAAAUUCUCGGCGUAUGCCAAAGACUAGGUGUCUACCUGAGCGACGGUAUCAAACGCGCAAUCUUUUGGUCGGACUUGAAUGCCUCUGUUAUGACAGGGAGUCAUCGAAUCGUUGAUCACACAACCUUCGCCGAGCUCCAGUGGAGAAGAGAUCCUUUUGCUCCAGACUUCUUCAUCCUCCCUCCCGGAUUCCAAGAACACUCAGUUCUAUUGGGAGAGGGCUUUUUAGAAAUACUCAGGGACAUUUUCGCAUUGCAAUGCAUCCGAGAUUCUGCUUUGUUCGGCCACGAGGACGUAAUCUCGAUGGCGCAUAUCGAUAAUCACCAAGCAUCGAUCCAGUCAAGAUUGGUGAGCUUGCCUAGUCACUCAUCUAUCUCGGAGUGCUGCCACCUAGCAGCAUACCUAUGCUCAGCUAUGCUGCGCUGCAAAAUUUGGCGAUGCUCAACUCUUCCAAUACAAAGUACAAAUAAUCAUCCUCUGUGGGAUACUUCGCCCGACUUGUUAGCUUGGCUUUUGCACAUCGGUGGCGCCUUUGCCCCGGUAGGAUCUAUACGAGCAGGGUAUAUGGCACUAGUGCAUUCAAACCACAACAAGUUGAGGAAAUUGUAUACAUCGUGGUCGGAGCUGCUCGAAAUCCUCAAGAGAUUUAUUUGGUCGGAAAAAGCAUUCGCGGCUCAGGUUGAAUCGUUUUGGGAGGAAAGUUCCCCAACUAGGCCUUAA